AUGGACCUUUCCGGACCCAGGCUGGGCCCCUGGAGGCGCCUCUUCCUUGUGGCUGGCCUGCUGGCCUGUGGGAUCAGCCAGGCCUCCGAUCAGCUCUUCAUCAGCCCGGACUCACUCAUAGGCAUCGAGGGAUACAGGAAUCUCCUGACCCUGGAGAAUGUGCCCGAGGAUGUUCAGGAAUACAGCUGGUACCGAGGCGCGGAGGACAGCGCGGAAACCAUGAUCAUCAGCUACAGGCCCCCCGAUUCCCAGCUCCCUGGGCCCUUGUACAGCGACCUGGUGACGGUGACCUCGAGAGGCUACCUGGCCUUCCGGAGGUGUUCACUAAACGACACAGGGAACUACACGGUUCGGGUGGACACUGGCAACGGAACCCAAAGAGCCACUGGCUGGCUGCAGAUUCUAGAGCUGGGGGACCCCCCGAGCCUCUCGGCCAACACCAGCUCCCUGGUGGAGAACUUGGAUUCCGUGGCUGCCGAAUGCCACACCAACGCCUCCAACAUCAAGUGGUACCGGAACACCAUACCCACCUCGAGCAGUAACCGCAUACGGAUAUCUCCAGACGGCAGGACGCUGGUCAUCCUCAGGGUCAGCCGCCAUGACAGGACUCUUCAGUGCGCCAUAGAGAGCUUCCCAGAGAUUCUUCAGAAAAGUGACACCGUCUCUCUGACUGUGGCCUAUGGGCCUGACUACGUGCAGCUGCACACCAACCUCAACGUCCAGGAUGGCGCCCUGACAGCUGGGAUCGGCUCCCAGGUGGAGCUGGAGUGUUCCUGCUAUUCCAACCCAGAUGCCAAGUACCACUGGCUCCACAACGGCUCCCUGCUGAGCUCAGAGGCCAAGAUGAGCUUCUCCAUCGUGGCCUGGGAGCAGAUGGGCAACUACCGAUGCAUCGCAGAGAACCCGGUGGCCCAGCUGGCCUUGUACAGGGACGCCAGGAUCCGGCCUCCCCGUGAGUGUGGCAGACCCUCGCCUGCUUCUCCUCCGCGCACCGAUGCCUACAUCUCAGGCUCCUUGGUGGUAUUUCUCAUUGUGGUGACAGUCCUGGGCUGCGGCUGCCUCUGUGGGAUCCUGGUCUACUGCCUGGUCAAACUCCACUUCAGCAGGUGCCCAUUGCUCUGGCAGGGGCAGAGCUGGCUGGGGCUUGGACUCAAGGGCCAGCUCUGGCUGCAGAUGGAAAGGCAGGGCUGUAGGGGGAGAGACAGCCAGGAGCUGGAGCGGACAGACAGGCCCCAGGGCCAGAAGCUGUGGGAGACGGUGGGUGGUGAGAGCCCGGCCGAUUCCAAACAGCUGCCGGGACCUCCCUCCCCUCCGGCCCAGUUUCUCCGAGUUGAAGAUGUGGGUCUUGAUCUCUGCCUAGGGGGCAGGGGUGAAAAUGAGAGGGUGCACAUCAGCCCUCCAGCACCUGUCGGGACCCAGGAGUCACAUGUUGCCAAGCAAGAGGAAUCGGGCUACAUGACCAGAGACCUGGAGGACAACCCGGACCAGCAAGGAGGUGAACAGACAGCGAGGGAGAAGAACUGA